AUGCUCCCGGGAAUCGGUAUGUUCGGUACGGGCGAGGUGACCCACGUGCUGGUGCCGAUACUGCGCGACAAAGGCUUCAACAUCGUGGCGAUCUGGGGCCGCACGGGCAAGGAGGCGGAGCAGGCGGCGCUCGAGCUGAAGAUCCCGUUCCACACGGCCAAGAUCGACGACGUGCUGCUGCGGAAGGACGUCGAUCUCGUGUUCAUCACCUGCCCGCCCUUCCUGCACUCCCAGAUAUCGGUGAAGGCGCUCGGCAUCGGCAAGCACGUCGUGUGCGACAAACCGAUGACGCUGAUGCAGAGCGAUGCGCUGAAGAUGGUCCGCGCCAGCCAGUACUACCCGACGCUCAUCUCGAUCGUGAACCACUCGCUCCGGUUUCUGCCCGCCAUCGCGCACAUGAAGCGCGCCAUCCAGGAGGGGUACAUUGGGCCGCCCGGACCCUGCCUCGACCAGACGCUGAUCGACGUGAAGGUGCGGAUGGGCCCACUGUUCAACCGCAAGCGGUACGACUGGCUGUGCGACGAGUCGAUGGGCGGUGGGGCGCUGAACCUGGUCGGCAGUCACGUGAUCGAUCUGGUAAAGUUCCUCACGGAGCGGAAAGCGGUCCGGGUGCACGGGACGGUGCGCACGUACGCGAUGUACGCGUCCCACUCGCACACGGGCAUCAGGCGGGUGGCGGCGCCCGACGUGUGCGCCUUCCAGAUGGAGCUCGAAAGCGACGGCAGCACGUCCAGCGCCCUGGUGACGGUGAACAUCAACUGCCACGAGUCGAACAACGCGUUCCAGCAGGAGGUGGUCAUCUACGGACCGGCCGGCCAUCUGACCGUGCGGGGCGGCGAUCUGGUGGGCCACCGGCUGAACGCCGAGACGGGCGCCGUCAAGGAGGAGAUGCUGUACGUGGACGUGCAGGAUCUGCAGUUUUCGGCCACCUCGGACACGGCCCUGCCGCGACCGUACGUGAAGGGUCUGUGCAAGCUGGUCGGGGCGCUGCGGGACGCGUUCCACCCGAACAAGGAGAGUGCGGGCUGGAUCAAGGAACCGGUCCAGGCGGCGGCCACCUUCGAGGAUGGGCUGUACGUGCAGGCGGUGCUGGACGCGAUCCGGAAGUCGAGCAGCGAGCGCUGCUGGACGAAGGUGAACGUGUGCGCCGAAUCGCCGACCGGCCAGCAGAAGCAAAACGUGCUCGCGAGUGCGGCGGCUCGUAUCGCCUCCGUGUCGGCAAUUAGGGCCGAUCCCAGUAUUAAUCAUGCCGGAUACUUUUAAGCUGACGAUCAUGGGGGGCCAGUGGGGGGGGGGGGGGGGGUGUAGUGGUUUGCAAAGUGUUUGCGCUUUUUCUACAACAGACAACGGACAGCAAGCACACGUAAUGUGUUUUUUCUUCUUCUAUUUAUUGUGCAUUUUUUUCUCUCCUGUACUACUAGCAUUAGUAACAGAGUAGUGACUAUAUUUAAUGCCUUUACGUGAACAACAAUGGAGCGGGUUUGGAUCGCUGGCGUGAUCGAGAGACGACGUCUUUUUUGCAACCUCCGGAACCUCCCUCCUCUUCUUCUACACAAUGCAGGGGGGAGGUUCUUCUUUACUCGUGGAGUACAAAUCUUUACAAUCAGUUUUUUUUAAAUGAUUAUAUAUAUGAAUCGUGCGCGAUAUUUAUUUAAUUAGCUUUACUAUCUCUUUACCGUACUUUACUAAUUUAUUCUCACCCGUCCAACAUUUCAUUUCAUUCUAUUUUCUUUGACCAAAAAGAAGGCACCAUUGUUCGUUCCAUUUGCCGCUUAGAGUUAGAGAAUGUGAGAGCAAAAGUUUGUUUGUUCGUUUUUUUUUGUUUUGCUUGUUGGUUUGAAUUUUAACAUCAUGCCGAGAACAAUUAUUAUACAUUUAGCAGACUAAAAA